GACAGGUCAAAUCAAAGGGUAUCUCACCAUCCCUUAUAUUAAGUAAUAAAGACUUAUCCUUUUUCAACGUACCAUCUAGGCACUAGUUAAUCGUCCUAGAAGCUUCGUGGUCUCGCCCCCACAGGUCGACAAGUGGCUGCAUUCAAAAUCCUUAAGGACUGAGGAAGGGUCUUCAGAAUGCUGUGCUACCUUACCAAUGCGAGGAAGGGGGGUUACAUCAACAAUGUUCGUCAUGACAUACACUCUCGUUUCUCCCAGUCAUUUAGUAUGCAUUCUCUUCUUCUUCGUUCAUCACAGAGAGAUCAUUGCAUACUUGAAAAAUUCGAAUACUCGUGCAUAACAGUCUAGUUUAUGGCUAUUGUGGCCAUCUCCUAUCAUGUCUUGGAGCGCUCUCGUCCAAAUCUCCUCACUUCCUUAUCAGCAACAGGAGGACAUCCUCAAUGGAGUAGCCGUCCCUCCUCCAGCAAACAUCGUGCCCAAUCUAAACAACCCUCCAAACAGCAACACUUUGGCCCGGGCCGUCAUUAUUGGCUGCUUGUGUAUAGUAACAAUAGCAAUACUUCUACGAGCAUAUGUAAAGAUAUUUGUGCUUCGUAAGCUAUAUCUAGAAGAUGCUCUCGCCUUUAUAGGAUUUGCUAUGAUACUAGCAUAUGACUUCUGCUGUUACCACGUCUUAAACCGAGUCGGAUUUCUGAUACAUUCAUGGGAUAUAAGCGUUAAGAAUUCAUUUGAACUCCUCUAUAUCGGGAAUAUGGCAACCUCCUUUUAUGAAGUCGCUAUUUCGACCUUAAAAGUUGCUAUCCUCUUAGAAUGGAACAAGAUAUUUGCUCCGAAUAAGUCACCCAGAUAUUUUUAUUUGACUUGUUACAUCCUCCUUUGGAUGAAUAUACUAUAUUAUAUCACUACCAUCGUUGUAUCUAACAUCGUCUGCUUUCCGGUUCCGAGCGUAGUGAAUGGUAACCAAAAUAAUGGCACCUGUUUCAACAAGGCGGCUGCUGAGACUGUUUCGUCUACCCUAAAUCUCGUCUCUCAUGUCCUUAUCUUUUUCCUUCCCCAGAGGGUCAUAUGGAGGUUACACAUGACAACAAAAAAGAAGAUUGGGGUCUCCUUGAUAUUUGCCAUCGGCAUACUGGUCGUGGCGACAGGUAUCUGUCGUCUAGCCGCAACAAUACAGUAUUUCACCAAUCCGGAUACGAUAUUUGUUGCUUAUCACGUUUAUCUUUGGUGCCUCGCCGAAAUAACGCUUGUGAUUCUAGUAUUAUGCGUCCCUACAAUACCUAGGAUCUUUACCGAAGGGACCCAAGUCAGCAAGAUAUUUACAUCGUUACGACCAUGGUCAAGAUCUUUUAUUGGGCAAUUUAGAACCAACAAAGGCUCUACGCAUGUUGACCUAGAAAAGAAUGCGGCAGCCUCUGAUAAUACAUACCGGAAGAUUGAGGAGAUUAAUAAUUUACCCCUUAAGAAUUCGGAACACUGGAAUGGAAAUCGAGAUAUUCCGAUACUUCGCUCACCUCAACAGCUCUGAGAGGAUUUUAAUAACUCCCCGUUUCCUAGAAAGACUCGUUCGUAAAGCCUGUAAUGAUAUAUUUGAGGAACGGUGGUGGUGGCGCGACGCUAAGUUACCUAGGACCCAGCUGAAGCCACAGGUUCGACAGCGCCCUUUAGAGUUGGG